AUGUCAGCAUUAACCAUUCAAAAGAAAAUCUCUAGAUUAUAUCGAAACGUUCGACAGUUGACUUUAGCGGCGUUUUUGUUGUUCAUAUUAACGAUUUGUGUACGAUGGAUCGUCGUAUCGAAGAGUAAAACAGAUUUCGGUUCUUCUGAACGAGAGAAUUUGUAUUUACCUCGGAUAAAAAACGAUCGAAAUGGUCGACCGGAUCUACCCAAGUAUAUUCAUCUCGAUCUCAAAGGCGCGCCACCGAAAGCAGAGAAGUUUUUCGACUCUUUUUUUAUUUUCCUGGCGAAAUUACAAAUGGGUGUCAAAGGUGUUGUAAUUGAAUAUGAAGACACACUUCCAUUGCAAGGCAGUCUGGCUAAUGCCACUCAUCGCUAUGGCUACACCAAAUCGGAUAUACAACUAAUAGAACAGUCAGCGAAAAGGCAGGGUUUGGAGAUCAUCCCAUUGAUCCAAACAUUCGGUCAUCUGGAAUGGAUACUUAAAUUACGUGAAUUUGAGUCUUAUCGUGACGAUCCCAAACUGCCUACGGUGAUUUCACCUUGUGUAGAUAAGACUUACAAUUUGCUCGAAGAUCUUGUACAGCAAACACUCGAUAUGCAUCCAAAUAGUCAAACUAUUCAUAUUGGCUGUGAUGAAGUUACUGUGACGAACACAAAUCCGUCUUGUGAAGGAAAAACGAUGAGUUCUGCGGAAACUUAUAUUCAACAUAUACGACGUGUUAUCGAUAUUGUACGAAAAAUUCGACCACGGAUUCGAAUUCUGAUCUGGGACGACAUCCUUCGUGGAGAUUCAUUUCUCCGAAACCGAAAAUUACUGAAACAGAUCGAAGGACUGAUCGAGCCAGUGUCAUGGAAUUAUUUUCCAACAUUCGAUGAUUAUUACAAAAGUUUAUUAGGCUGGCGAAUCUAUCCGAGAUAUUUCAAAACAAUGUGGGCUGCAAGCGCGUUCAAAGGUGGCCUUCAUCGAUAUUCUCUGACCACAAAUACCAAACAUCAUGUCUCGAAUAAUCGUCAAUGGUUGCAUUUCCUUGAAUCGCCAACAUUUCGUUCGGAUUCUUUUUCCGGCAUCAUCUUAACUGGUUGGUCGAGAUUCGAUCAUUUUAUGCCUUUGUGUGAUAUCCUACCCACAGCAUACCCAUCACUUCUCUACAGCUUACACGCUUUAAAUACCGAUGAAUAUCUGACUAGCGAUUCCGUGCGUACAUCGAUCUGGACAAGUAUUUCAUUCUUAACUAUACUUUUACCAAAAGUUGAACGUCAGUUAAAAAUCCUCGAUACAAUCGUGCCCCAAUACAAUCGAAAACAUUCAUUUGUACGUCGUGUUGAACUCCAGUCACGCUUAAACGAGUUAAACAGUCUGUCGAAAGAUUUGACUAGGAGUAAACAGACAGUUGAACAACAUUUAAGUGAACUUUAUUCGAAAGAUGUGGUCGACGAAUGGAUCGACCUUUAUUUCAAACCAAUCGAAGAUCGAAUUAAUACAACAUUCACUGAACUGGUGCCCGAAGAACGGAAACUAUUCUGGGAACGACGACCGUUAAUUUGA